AUGGCCAACCCAGUAAAAAUAGACGAAGCGGCGCAUGCGUCUGAAGCCCCUUCAAAGACCGACGACGAGAUCAUCACCGUGUCUGCACCACUGAAAAUCGACGAAGCGGACGCCUCAACCACCAUGAGCGCGACCGAAACACCUACACCGGAUGCGACUUCCAACCAGGAAGUCGCUGCGCCAGAAGAUAACUCCCUCGCCACAACGACAAACCCCGACCCGAAGGCCGCCCUUGCCGCACGAAUGGCCCGCUUCAAAGCGCUUCAAGCCGCCAAAGUAAACGGCCGUAAAGCGACAGAGCGCGAGGUCCGCGAUGCUGAAGAUCGUAGCUCUCGCCUUGCGCAAAUCUCCAAACUCGGCGCACUCAACGAGAAAGCCUCUUACAAACUCUUGAAAUCCGAAGACCCUGAUUUCGAGCGUAAAAGGAAUUGGGACUACACGGUUGAAGAGAGCGAAAGUUGGGACAAAAGACUUAAGAAGAAAUCGAAGAACAGGGAUGGUGUCGCAUUUGCAGACUACAGGAACGAGGCGAACAAGGUGUACAAAAGGCAGAUUGGUCAGAUGAGCAAAGUAGAUAUGGAAGCGUACGCAGAAGAGAAAGCAAAGAAACUGCAAUCGCAAGUAUCUUCCGGCCUUCUCCAACUCGUUGAGACGGACGCAGGCGAGAUUUACACAGUCGAUAACCAAGGGCGCAUCAACACACCAGUCGACGAAGCGUAUAGCCACGAUCACAAGCCAUCCAAAGAAGCUGUCGAUAGGCUAGUAGAAGACCUGGAGAAGGGCGAGCGUGCAAGGUUGAAGGCCAGGGCCGCAAGGGGCAUACGCGACGAACAGGAUGUCGGCGAUGUCACAUACAUCAACCAGAAGAAUAAGCAGUUCAACGACAAGCUCUCGCGCUUCUACAACAAAUACACAAGCGAGAUACGGGACAGCUUCGAGCGCGGAACAGCGAUUUAA